AUGGUCAACGCCUUCGACUCGACAAUAUGGCCGCCAACGCCUAUCUUGCCAGAGGUCAAAGCUCUAUUGGCCCGUUUCUUUGACUUGAUCGACGCCCAAGAUCCAGAAGGCUCAGGAAAGGGGUUGGCGGAGGAGGUCUUCACAGAAGAUGGGACACUCAUAACCGGCAACGGAACCUUCACAGGAAAAUCGGAAAUUGCUCGAAGCCGAUCCGAUGCGUGGAAGACAACGGUCUCUCGCAAACACAACUUCGACAAAGUCUUUGCGGCUGGCAGCACAGCAGACGACCUGGUCUUUUUCGGUACAGUGGAGUCAGAAACUAAUGCCGGCCAACACUUCAAGGGCGAUUUCGCGGCCAGAGGACUUAUUAAGCAUGACACUUUAGGUAAACCGAGGAUCAGCUAUUGGCAACCUUACAAGGGACAUAUUUACCAUGCUUGA